GCAUUUAUAUAUACAAUCUCCCUCCCUCGCACGCCCAGGGAUGGAAGCUCGCUCGCUGCUAUGGCCUAACGCGGAUUGAUGAACGGUGAUCGGAUCGGAUUGUAUAUCUUUUUUUUGUAAAUAUGUAUGUAUGUACCUAAUGUUUAUAUCUAUUUAUCUAUCCAUUUAUUUAUCCCAUCUAUAUUACUUGGCCCAUGGCGGGGAUCUUUCUCGGGGUCGAUGUUGGAUGUUUGUUGGAUGCUGGAUGCUGGAUUGUUGGAUGCUGGAUGCUGGAUGCUGGAUGCUGGAUUCGUGAGGCCCUCAGGGUAUAGAUAGGCCUAGGACUGGCUGGGUACUAGGGUACUCAACUAACUAACAAAGAGA